AUGACAGGCGUAAAAGACACACCGGAGGAGGAAUAUGUGCAGCUCGAGGAGCUUGACAGUCGAUCGUCGAUCAAGGUCGCUGCUCUACCACUAGCUGAAGACGAGCAGCCAUCAGUCAAAGAGUCCCUGCGAAGAUGGCCACGACUUACGUUGUACGCGCUUUCGCUCACGAGCGGCAUUAUGCUAUGGGGAUUUGACAUGUCCCUCGUUGGCAAUCUGGCGAGCAUGCCUGAAUUUCAGAAGGUCUUUGGUCUGCAGGUAGACGACGGAUGGAUUAUCGCCUCGAAUUGGCUAUCAAUCUGGAACAUUGCUAGCAACCUGGGAAUGAUGCUGGGCUCAGUCAUCGCCGGAUGGCUGGGAGACAAGUUUGGUCGAAGGAAAAUGGUGGCCAUCGGCACAACCAUCUCUGCUGUUGCGGCAGCACUGUUGUUCGUUUGUGACACAAUGCCCACCAGAGACGCAAGAUGUGGCUUCUUUUUCUUCGCAAAAACAAUUCAAGGUCUGUCAAAUGGUGUUUUGACAACAUCGAUUCAGACCUGGAUGUCAGAGACGGUACCAGCUUCGCUCCGAGGUCCAGUCCUGGCUUUGUUUCCUAUCUUUCAGCUUGUGGGGCAGAUCAUCGGCGCAGUUGUCAUUCAAGUGUUGAUGGAUGUCCCAGGUCGACGAGGCUAUCGCACUGGCAUCGCGACGAUGUGGCCGGUCGGAGCGGUACCAUUCGUCGCUGCAUUUUUCAUGCCAGAAAGUCCAGCUUGGCUUCUGCGGAGAAGGCUUACUGACCAGGCAUUCCGAGCACAUCAGAGACUCGAAAAAUCGAAACGCAAUCCGAACACGGAGCACAGUUUCGAGAAGCUACAAGCUACCAUACGACACGAAGAGCAGGUCGCAGCAGAGACACGCGUGAGCUACAAACAAUGCUUUACAGGUACAGAUCGCCGGAGAACACUGCUCGUCAUAGGGGUAAUGAUGUUGCCAGAAUUGUUCGGGCAGCACCUCGUCGGUAGCGCAUCCUACUUCCUGCAGCAAGUUGGAUUGAACGCCAGCACAGCAAACUUGUUCUUCAUCGUUGGCAUUGCUUUGUCGAUGGUAUCGCUUGUUGUGUCUUGGUGGACGCUGACCAGGUUUGGUCGCAGGGUGUUGACCCUAUCUACCUUAUCCGCAGUCACUAUUCUGUGGUUGGCUGUCGGGAUAGUUGGGUGUCUCAGAGAAGGUAUGUUCACGAGGUGGUUCGUACCGGUGAGCUUCAUGGUUAUCGUCAUCGUGGCUGGUGUAGGUGUGUGGCCGGCAUCAUAUGUCAUUGCUAGUGAAACUUCAUCGUUGCGUCUGAGAGCACGUACCCAAGGUAUUGGGUGGCUCGUGAAUGGUCUGACUUCUGGAAUCAUCGGCGCAACAGGCCCGUAUCUAUAUAAUGCGGAUGCUGCUGAUGCUGGUGCCAAAACAGGCUUCCUUUUCGUUGGUCUGGCGGGGAUUUCGGUAGUGGUUGCUUAUUUCCACGUGCCGGAAAUGAAGGCAAGGUCACCUGCUGAGAUCGAUCAAAUGUUCGAAGCAGGACUCAAGGCCCCUGAAUUUCGAGCUUGGAAAGCACUCUAA